GUUGCUUGAGGUAGGAAUUGACAGAUGACAAGGUGACGUUGUUUUUAAUUUAGGUUAAGAUAAUUUGAUGGUUCUAACAAAAAUGUAUAUUUUUGGAAAGCCAACAAAUUAAUAAAUGGUCCUAGGAUGAAAAGUUCAUUAUAAUAGAAAAUGUCUUCUAUACCCCUACCUGCAACUCAGCGCGACUGCAUGUCAGCAGCUGCAAAACGAUGGAAAUACUUCAGGAAAAUAUUCAAAUUUGAACAAAUGGAUUUUGAAUUCGCUUUUUGGCAAAUGUUGUAUCUGUUUAUAUCUCCUCAAAAGGUUUAUAGAAACUUCCACUACAGAAAACAAACAAAGAGUCAAUUUGCAAGGGAUGACCCAGCUUUUUUACUACUAUUUGCAGCUUGGCUUUGUGUAACAUCAAUUGGAUUUGCUAUUGUCUUAAAACUGAGCUUCCUACAAUUCAUCCAUUUUCUACUAUAUACUAUAUUUGUGGACUGUAUAAUAAUAGGGAUAUUGGUUGCAACAUUUUUUUGGUUCAUACUCAAUCGAUAUUGUCGUAAAAAAGAUGAAGUUCAAGAUGUGGAAUGGGGCUACACAUUUGAUGUCCACUUGAAUGCUUUCUUCCCACCUUUGGUGUUGCUACAUUUUUUUCAACUGUUUUUCUAUAAUGGUACGUUUGAAAUUUAGGGCUGAGCAAAUUGUUUUUUAUAUUCUAUUACCAGGGCAACAUGCGUUAAGGUCUCAGUAACUGGGCAAGUUCAGAAAUGUUUCAUACUGGACCACACAAUCACCUGAUCAUGAUAUCUUACCAAUAUAUAAAUACACUUCUUAGCUUAUGGAAAUUUUUAGAUAACUGUCCUUUACAUUUUCUUCACUUAAUAGUUAGAUGUCUCUCAGGCAGUCAAAAACAUACGUCUGGUCACACUUCCCACAAAAUUGUUUUCCCUCAGUUAUUAGAUAAAUAUUGUUUCUAAUUGAUGCCGUUUUUUAUUUGUAGGACUUAUAAGCCAUGAAUGGUUCAUUUCACGACUGCUGGGCAACACAUUUUGGCUAGUAGCAGUAUUAUAUUAUAUUUAUAUAACGUUUCUCGGAUAUAGUUCUUUAAAUUUCUUAAGGUAUACUCAUCUAGUGAUUUCGCCUAUACCACUUGUCAUAAUUUUUUAUAUUGUAACACUAGUUAGUGGCUUCAAUAUCACUCAUUCAUUAAUGGACUUUUAUAAGUAUAGAGUUGUAUAGAAUCAAAUAUUAAAUGAACCACUUGUAAUAUAUUUGAACAUAUUUUUAUUAAAC